GAGCGUCAGCGUGAAAAGGCACCUUUAAUGCAUAUACACAAGAGACCGAUGGGAUAAAAUCGUCCAGGAAUUCCCCACACUGGAUCAAACUCCAAUCGACGUAGUCCAGAUAAUUGCGAAAGAAAAUGGCGUGACAUCAUGUGUGUUCUUACGUCAAAAUUAUGAUAAAUGCAAAUUCAGUAGUCAUUGAUAAGCAUUUACUACGAUAAACACGUAUUGCGUGACGAAACGUGUAACUGUUGAAUUCCUUGACCACAGUAUCGCGAAGUGAAGCGAUGAGAAACUCUCGACGAUCAUAGCGGAGUCGCAGUGUGGUUAUAUUACACGAUAAAAUAUGGCUGACAACAGGCCGAUGGAAGGAACAGCAGGAGCCAACUGUGAUCCAACUAUGCCGCAUAUGUCGGACACAGCUGAGAGCAGACAGGAUCAAACGACCCAAAAUAACGAACGCUCCGCAUUGCCGCACAUUUAUGUAAAUCCUAGGGCAGCAUUUGAAUUCGGCGCAAGGACUGCAGAACAUUCUCGAAUAUUGGCGGAUAACAUAUCAUCUACAAUACGUCCUCUCAUACAACAUGCGACACCUAGCAUAUCGUUCACGUCACUCUUGAUGCACGGAUUACAGUAUCAAGUUCGACCGGCCCCGUUGCAAAGUCAUAGCUAUGUAAUCAAUUUGGAAGAGCAUCCACCGGGCAGUACAGCUUCUCGAAACGAGUCCGUUCGCGAGCAUCAUGUGCACGAGACCGCAAAUAUGGUCGCGGAGGGGCAAAAUAACAAUAACAACACCAUAGAAAAUGGCAUUGACAACAACAACGAUCAGUUGAGCCCGGAGAGCCGCGCGAUGGUGAAACUGAUGCAGCAGUACAUCCCUUUCCUCUUCAUUCUUCUCACAAAGAUUUUGUACGAUCACAAAACCGGGAUACUGAUGGCCGUCGUACUACUUAUCACGUUCGUGUUCGCCAACGACAAUCUCAAGCGCGAGAUCGCCAAACAGAACAACCGGAGCCGCUGGUUACUACUGCUAAUCCUGUGUUACAUCACCGCCUGCAUCGUGUUCGUCGCUUAUACACUCGAGUUACACACGCUCGCUCCCUACGCUCAACCGCUCACGAUAUGGGAUUUGCUGUGUUACGUCAUAGUGAUGGAUUUCUUCCUCAAACUUAUAACCAUCGUGUGCAAAGUACUCCUGACUUGUCUACCUGUUCGACUACUGGCAUUCCAAAACCGAGGGAAGUAUUAUCUUCUGAUGGAAGCAACGUCGCAGCUUUAUCGGAGCGUUGCGCCCAUCCAACCCUGGCUGUACUAUUUGUUCGAGACGUACCAGGGUCCGGAGAAAAUCGUGGGGAUCCUUUUCUCCCUAACUUAUACCUUUAGCAAAGGGAACGACUUGCUACCGCGUCUCAAGCUGUUUCGCAACGCUGUGUGGAAACUUUUCCAGAACGUGAACUUGGGAGUGUCACCGUCGAAAGAACAGCUGAUUGCAUCCGGCGGUAUAUGCGCUAUCUGCCACGAGAAAUAUUCCACACCGGUCAGGCUCCAUUGUAAACAUAUAUUCUGCGAGAUGUGUAUCUCGACGUGGCUCGACAGGGAACGAUCGUGUCCGCUGUGCCGUUCGUCUAUCACGGACGACCCGAUUUAUCGGGACGGCCAUACGACACAGUUCAUCCAAAUGUAUUAACUCGUCUUGGCGGACACCUCCUUUUGUACAGUCUUUUUAUUUCUACUAUUAUAUGUAAAAAAAAUUAAGAGUUCCCGUUAACGAGCGCUCUCCACGUUCUGUCGUCGAUUACGAUCGACAGGAUUUUGUAUAUUUUAACGAAAUCCAACUACUGAUGUCAAAUUAGUUAUACCGAGAGAAAAGGAAGAGCUUGAUUCCAAGGUCUAGGAAUAUUCGAAUGUAUGCAGAACAUUGUAUAAUAGUGGUGGGCAUGUGUGUAAGAAUCGUAUAAAUGUUGCAAUUAAAUGGAAAAAUAAUUAUAUAUAUAUAUUAGAGCAAGAAUAGUGAAAUAUUUCUUUAUGAUAGAAAUUAAAACAGGUACUAUUCUGAUAAGUUCGAUCAUUGAUUCGUAAUUGUGUUAAGUAUGCAAAAAAAGGUCUCUCUCAUGUCAAUGUCAUUUUCAAAUUUGCCAAUCGAGAACAUUUCUCAAAUAUUGUCAAUUUCAUUUGUAUUAUUUAUCCAUGUUCAAGUCUGAACUUAUCAAAAUUAUAUCUGUGUAAAUUUUGAAUUUAUAGAUAUGUAAGAUAUAUACAAACUCUUUCGGAUAAAUUGAUAUCCGGAACCGUCCUUUCACAUUCACUUUUCCAAAUUACUAUGUAAUGUAUAUAGCUAUUACAGAGAAAAGGUAUACUGUAGGAAUUUCACUUUGAUUGCUUUACACGAUUUGUGUCUUCCUUAGGGUAUAAAAUAGCGUGUAAGAUUAGAUAACAAUUCUCGCCUCUGUGCUUUGUUAAUGUACAAAGUAAGAAUUAAUAAAUAAAAGUUACAGUCGCAAUGUUA